AUGCACAUUUGCUACGACGUGGAAACGCAGGACGACUUGAGUGAGAAUUUUGGCAUAACUGUCACAGCACUUAUCACCAGUUGUAAACUUAUGAGCUUAGUCAUAGGGCGAAAAACUAUCAUAAAUAUGUUGGAUCUACUCAAGAAGAAGCCUUUUGUACCAGAGAACAAUGGGGAAGUAGAAAUUCACACGAAAUACGACAAUCUAAUCGAAAAAGUCGCGAUGUUUUAUACGAUACAAGUCGUAUGUUGUGUGCUUGCUUUAGUAGGAACGACGUUGGUCAGUGACUUUAAAUUGAAAAAAUUAAUGUUCCCCGCUUGGUUUCCUUUCGACUUCACCUCCUCGUGGUUUGCGUUUUCUAUGACGUUCAUCUAUCAGUUAGUGGGUUUAGUGAUCAUAGCCAUUGGUGUCAGUUCGCCAAAAUAG